UAAAAAGGAGGUGGAGGCGGUGUGAUCUGCUCUCCUGCACACAGAAUCUUUAUCUGAGGUUUCAGAAUGUACGGAAACAACCAAGGAAACCAUUACCCUCCUGGUUACCUGAACCAUCCUCAGCAGAUGCCGGGGGGGUACCCUCAUCCUCGGGGCUCUGUCCCAUCACAAAACUACCCCCCUCAACACGGAGGCCCACACGGACCAGGACCGGGUUAUGGGCCAGGACCGGGUUAUGGUCAGGGAACUGGAGCUGGUUCUGGACCUGGUUUUGGUCAAGGCCAAGGACAGGGCCAUGGCCACGGACACGGACAUGGACACGAACAUGGACACGAACAUGGGCAUGGACAUGGGCAUGGGCAUGGACAUGGACCAUGUCAUGGAGAGGGCCAUGGCCAUAAACACAAGCAUGGUCACAAGCAUGGCAAGUGCCACAAGAAAGGAAAGAACUGUCACGGG